GACUAUAACACAAACUAAGAGAGAGAGAGAGAGACAGCUAGAGGGAGCUUAGAGAGAGAGAAGAACCUCUGAAUCAGUCAUGGUUAGCUUUGAUUGUUUUUUACAGGCCUCUUCGUCGCCAUUAUUAGCGACCCAUUUCUUAAAGUUUUGAUCUUUUCAAUUUAAACCCAAUUAAUUUUAUUUUGCAACAUUGAAAAAGGGAUUGUGGGUACUUUGAUAUGGAAUUUAAAGCGUUCCUUUUUGUGGGUCGGAUCUCGUACUUCACAAAACUGUCACAUCUCAACAUUUCGAUUCUCAUCUGUUACUCACCUGCAAUAAAGCACCAAACCUUGUGAUCUGUUUUUCAGCUGUUCGAUCUGAGAUUGUCCCUUCACUUGCUCUGUUUCUCUCUGCUAUUUGGGUCUUUUUGCUGGAACAAGCAAGAUCAUGGAAUGGAAUGCUGCAUUCUAGUUCAUUUGAGGUAAGGCGUGGUUUGCUGAUUUUGUUUUCUUUACUAGUGCCUAUCGUUUGGUUUUGACUAUUGAGUGAUUAAAAAUCCAACUAUGGAAGAAGAAGAUCAGAAUCAGAAAAAGAAAUUUGUGUGCAAGUUUUGCAACAAGAGGUUCCCUUGUGGGAAGUCCUUGGGUGGUCACAUCAGGACCCAUUUGAAUAAGAAACCAACUCUGGAGAAAGAGGAAGAUGAUGAUGAAAUAGCUAAAGCUAGGAUAGUGAAGUUUUCACCUUCAGAUGUUGUGGGAAAGAGCAAAGGAGAUUCAGGGUCUGAAGCUGCUGGGCAUUCUGGCUACUCUCUCAGAGAGAAUCCCAAGAAAACUUGGAGGUUUGUGGAUUCAGGCCCUACUUUACACUUGCAGCAGGGAAAGGUGUGCAAAGAAUGUGGUAAGGGGUUUCAGUCAUUGAAGGCUCUGUGUGGUCAUAUGGCUUGUCACUCGGAGAAGGAGAAGCUGAUUAACAAGCUUGAAGAAACCUCAGACACUGGUGAGAAGCAGAAACUAGUAAUGGAUAGUCAGUCAGAUACAGAGACAUCAGCUCCAAGGCUGAGAAGGAUCUCCAAAAGAAUGAAAUACCAGAAUCUUGAUGUUUACUCUUCUAUGGCAAAUGGUUCUUCAUCUGGUUCUGGGGUCGAGCAAGAACAACAAGAGGUGGCUAUUAGUUUGAUGAUGUUGUCUCGGGAUUCUGGUCACAAAGGGGGUUUGAAUUCAUUUGCUGAGUCUUCAGAUAACAACUCUGUGGUUUUAGAGACUAAAUCAUCAUCUAUUGAUAUGAGAAUUAGUACUGAGCAGGGUCUCAAUUGUGCCUCGAAAGUGAAUGAUAUUAUGGGCAUGAAGAGAGCAAGAGACGAAAAGUUGAAAUCUGAGGAGAUCACUGUUUCUGACAAUUCUGAUUCUGGGUAUUUCAGACAUGAACCAAAGAAGGUUGAAUCAGAUGUUUCUGUUGAUGGGUUUAUUAGGAAUGGUGAAUUUCACAAGGUUAGAGCAGAAUUUGGAUCUAAAUUUGAGGGAUAUGAAUCCUAUGAUGUUAAGUUAAGAAGGGGUUUUCAUAUGAAAUCUGAAGUGGGGAAGGAUCAUUUGUCAAAGGAAGAAGCUCAUCCUGAUCAAGUGCAUAGAGGAGGGUCUUUAAAGUACGCAUUGAGAAAGACAACCAAGAACGGUUUUCACAGACCAUUUACUAAUGGUUCUACCAAUGUUGAAGUCUGCAGAAACGCUCGAAAGAGCAGCAAAUAUGAGUGCUUGACUUGUAAGAAGACCUUCCACUCUCAUAGGGCUCUUGGAGGACACAGAGCCAGUCAUACAAAGACCAAUGGCUACUCUGAGUCCAUGUACGAGAGUGGGGAAAACAGCAUAGACACUGAAGUCUCUCCUGUUCCAACACCCGAGAGUAAGCUUGUUGAGCCUUGCAGUGGCAAAAGACCAAUUGAUGAAAACUUAUUAUCUGGCAGUGCAAAGAGAAAUUCAGGUUCAAAGAAAAGCAAGGGACAUGAGUGCCCAUUCUGCUUCAAGGUUUUCAGGUCAGGCCAAGCUUUAGGUGGUCACAAGAGGUCCCAUUUUGUUGGAGGCCGUGAAGUCAAAACUGUGGUACUUAGGCAAGAACCUGAAGCCCCUCAUGAGGCUGAAAUCACCGCUCUAUUUGAUCUUAACCUUCCAGCUCCUAUGGAGGAUGAAGCAAAUGAGCAAUUUGGGUUCAUGACAUGGUAGGUUGGAAGAAGGAACAAGCAUGAAUUCUUGGUGGGUCUUCUCUACAACUUACAAGUACUCUGCCAUUUUUCUGUAAUGUUGCAAAUGCAGGCAAGUACAGACAAUUUGGUGAAUUUUUUGUUUCUCUUGGGCCCCAGAUUCAAAGUAUGCCUUGCAGAGGUAAUGGUUCCAUUUCUGGUUCAUGGACAGGAAGGAUGAGUUAUUCUUGCAGUUUUCACCUUCCUUAGUUUUUUUAUUUGUUCUAAUAAUCUAUUUGAUCGUCUCAUUUUGAGUGCACUGAUCUGUUUUUUUCCGAGACAUGUAGCUAUAGGAACUUAGCUUCUCUCUCUUCCCAUUUUGAAAUAUUUAAUAUUCUCCUCA